UGUCUACUUUAAAGAGACUUUCGCCCACUUCUCUGCUCCAAGUCCGGCUUUUGCCCUUUUACUUCGUCAGCUCAAGCUCGCCGUCCAGUUCUCAACCUUCCCGUCUCCCGUACAUUGACUGAAAAAAAGAACGAACCAAGAGCCGGCUUCUUGUUCUUUCGUAACUGUCUCUGUCACAUUACUCUCUUUUUAGUAUUAUUUGGGUUUCAAAUCUAUCUGCGGCCCAGCCCAGUAUAACAAGCCAGUCAUUUUCAGCAGCAAGAAACCCAGCUUCAUAAGACUUCCGAACACUUGAGAGAAACGAUUUUGCUCAGUCUCAGCACACCUAUCGCUCGCUCUACACAUCACCGUACCCACCGGGGUUACUCCACACUCUUUGACGACAACGACAGCAACAACCUGAACCGAAAAAAACAUCCGCACAUCUCAGUCAACCACUCAAAAUGCACAACUCACGCUUCCACUCCCUUGCCGCUCGCCUCACCCCCCACGGUCUCCGUACCUCUUUGCGCAGCCGCCGGUCCCGCUCAUCGUCGUCCUCGUCCCGGACUAGCAGCUCAGACGGCGAGGUGGAAAGACUCGUAUCGCCAACCAGCUCGACGGCCAGCCGCAGCACGCUCAACCGCGCCGGCAGCAACAUGAGCUCUUUGUUCGGCAUUCGAUUGGUGCCUUCAGAACCCGAGGAGGAGGAAGAAAAGGCCGGCCCCAAGGAGCUCACAAAUGUCUUGGAGCCAAGACCGACGGACGAUAUGUACUUUUGCAGUCUGGAGGAGAAGAUGCAGAUGCGAUCCUUUUGAGAAGGGCGGUGAAGCAGGCAUGCAUCAACCUACUACUGGGGCAUAGGCGGCCAAGAAAGGAACGAUGUGACGUUAAUGGGAAAAGAAAGAAAGAAAGAACCCCGACCCUCGCGAGCUCUGGCAGACAGAAGGAAGGAAAAUGAGGACAUGUCAAAUUGG